GAACAUGGUGCAAAACACCAGCUCCAGCCUGCAACAUCAACAUCGCGGUCUUAACCGUGUAGCUACCUAAGGCUUUGUAGCCGUUCGCACCCUUCUCCGUAAGCUCGUCUUAAAGAGCCAGCCGCCGCGCUCUCAUCCGACCGGGCUGCCGCGUCGGGCCUCUCGCGUCUCCUUCUCACCGUAUGCGCCUGCCAUACAUCCACACAAAGCGAUGCGUCUUCUGAACUACGAUGAACAUGGCAAGCUUUGCAUCGCCAGCUUCAAUGAUCGCGCAACACCGCCUUACGCAAUACUGUCACACACGUGGGGAGCGGAUGCAGAGGAGGUGACGUUCGCAGACGUUGUGAACGGCGAUGGCAAGGCUAAGCAGGGCUAUAAGAAGAUUCGCUUCUGCGGACAACAAGCACAGCAAGAUGGCCUGCGAUACUUCUGGGUGGACACAUGCUGCAUCGACAAGAUGGACAAGGCGGAGCUCUUCCACGCUAUCCAAUCCAUGUUUCACUGGUACCAGAACGCGGCGAGAUGCUAUGUGUAUCUGUUAGACGUAUCGAUAAGGAAGAGAAAAGCUGACAACAUGCUCGACAUAUCUAUUUGGGAGCCUUCUUUCAGAGCAAGCCGAUGGUUCACGCGUGGCUGGACGCUUCAAGAGCUGCUUGCUCCAAGCACUGUCGAGUUCUUCUCUCAAGAGUGGGAGAAGCUUGGUAGCAAGAAAUCGCUCAAGUCAUUGAUCCAAAUAAUCACAGGGAUUUCUGAAGAGGCGCUCGAUGGAGCUCCCCUUUCCCAGUUCAGCUUGGAAGAACGAUUACGAUGGAAAGACGGUCGCCAAACUAAAUACAAAGAAGACGAAGCGUAUAUAUUGCUCAGCCUCUUCGAUAUCUACAUCCAGCCGCUCUAUGGUGAGGGGCUGGAGGAAGCGUUCCGCCGAUUCAGGAGCGAGCUCGUGUUGCAAUUCGUGCCUUAAGCAAAGCUUGUAGACACUAUUCGAUUGGUUCUCGGGGA